GCAGGACCCGCAGCUCCCUCUCCCCACCAUGCCUCUCACGGCCAUCGCCCUCCUGCUGCUGGGGGCCCCCCUGGCGCUGGCGAGCACCGAAUGCCUGGGGUACCUGGACGAGGCCGACUCAUGGCGCCUGGGCUUCAGCUGCGAGCCCCUCGCCUUCUGCUGCGGCACCUGCAGCCAGCGCUACUGCUGCGGGGACCCGGGCCUGCGCCUCUCCCAGUUCCAGCAGAAGCGCUGCCUGGUCUUCAGUCCCAAGUUCGUGGUGCGCCUGGUCACAGCCGUGACCCUCUUCAUGGCCAUGGUCACCACCUGCUGCUGCUGCUUCUGCCUCUGCCGCUACCUGAUCCGCCGGCGCCAGCGGCUGCUGGGCCCCUUCCCAGGUAGGGACGGAGCCGCCACCAGGAGCCCAGACAGGCGGGGCCCGCCCAGGGCAGCCGAGGGGCAGCUGGCGGAGCUCUGUGGACACCCCCGCGGCCAAUCAGACACGCACGGGUGUUUGUGGGGGUCUGGGCCGCCCAGUGCUCCUCCCCAGCCUCCUCUCUACCCGGCAGGGCCCCCUGUCUACAGCCCUGCAGCUCCUCCCCCUUAUCUGCCACGGCAGCCUGCCUAUCCGGGAACCUGAGGGACCGUGUCUUCUGCCCUCACAGGGGCCCCGCCCGUGUCUGCCUCUGGCCCUGGGGGUGGCAGGGGUCACCCACUCAACAGGCCCCCAACCAAGCCACCCCCUGGGCCGUGCAGGGAAGUGGACAGGAGCUGGGCGGGAACUUGGCCAUGAAUGAGGGCUGGUGGGGGCGGAGGGGCUUGGCAUUGCUGCACUGUUUUUAUUUCUAAUGGGGGCCAGGGGAGGGCCGCAGUGUGGGUCCCCGCCCUGGUCCCUCUGCUCCCAGGACCCUCCUGCUUGCCCUGGGGGCCGGG